AUGAAGAUCCCAAACUCCUUCGCUCCAACGUUGGUCCUCUUGACAGCCGUUGCUUGCUACCCUGUUACCCAGAAUGAGAUGAGAGCAAAUGUCCACAAACUCCUCUUGAUCUCCUUUGAUGGAUUCCGGUGGAAUUACGACCAGGAUGUCGACACGCCAAACUUGGACCACUUAGUCAAGGAAGGAGUAAAAGCAAAAUAUGUGUCUCCUCCGUUUGUGACCAUGACCUCACCUUCCCAUUUCACAAUGAUUUCAGGCCGCUGGAUUGAAGACCAUGGAGUCAUCCAUAAUAUGAUGUUCAACACAGAGACUCUGAGAAAGUAUGGCCACAAAGAAACACAGAACAAGACUAAAUGGUGGGACAAUGGAGUUCUUCCACUGUGGAUCACAGCUCAAAACCAGGGGAAAAAAACAGCCUCAUUUCACUAUCCAGGUGGAGGUGCCAAUUACAGCGGCCAAGGAGUCCAUAGAAGUUUGGUUGAAUCCUUCAGUCACCCUGACAGCAAUGAGACAGAGUGGAGAGAGAACAUUGACAUUGUCAUGAAAUGGUUCACCAAGGAAGGCUUUGAUUUUGUCACCCUUUAUUAUGGAGAACCCGACAGUGUAGGGCACAAAGUUGGCCCAGAGACUGAAGCCAGGAAAACAAUCAUCCAGCAGAUUGACCGAACCAUUGGCUACCUCCUUGACGCUAUUGAGAAGCACGGCUUGAAAGACACCCUCAAUGUCAUCAUUACAUCCGAUCAUGGCAUGACCACAGUCAAGAAGAAACCAGAAGUCAACGAGAUCUUAUUGGCCAACUACAUUAAAUUUGGGGACCUGGUGAAGUUUGACAUUCUAGACUAUGGUGGCUUUGGCAUGAUACUCCCCAAACCAGGCAAGGAAGAAGAAAUCUAUCAGGCACUGAAAAAUGCCCAUCCUCAUCUCAAAGUGCAUAAAAAGGAAGAGUUUCCUGAGCAUUUCCAUUACGCUCGCCAUGAACGAGUUUUGCCAAUCUUGGUUUAUGGAGAUUCUGGCUACAGUGUUAAUGGGAGGUUUAUCAUCUAUUUCAACAAAGGUGACCACGGAUUCGACAACGAAGACAUGGAUAUGAAGACCAUCUUUAGAGCCUUUGGUCCAGAUUUCAAGAAGGGCUAUUUAGCGGAGCCGUUUGACACCAUCCACAUUUACCCGUUGAUGUGUGAGCUCCUGGGAGUCCAACCUGAACCCAACAAUGGUUCUUUGGCAUUUACUUGCGACAUGCUCCAUUCAGCGGCAGCCAAGAACCUCCUUAUUCCCAUCGCUGUGAGUGUUACGAUAGGGGUCCUGCUUCUUCUGAUACCCAUCUUUGUUGUGUCCUACAAGGCUAUAAGAAGUGAUGUAGUAGUACAGAAACUCAAUACAGAUGUUGUCACAGAGCUGGGGAAACUUUUUCAGUCAGAGGGCCACAUUGCCCUUCUGCGCAGCUAUCUGAGGGCCACAUGA